AUGGAGGGAAUCAAGAAAGCUUUCGCUCGUGCGAAGAGCGAAGGGCGACCUGCUCUCGUCACAUACACAACAGCCGGAUAUCCCACAAUCGCGCAGACAGCCGACAUCCUUCUGUCAAUGGAAGCUGGUGGUGCCGACAUCCUCGAAUUGGGCACUCCAUUCACCGAUCCGAUUGCAGAUGGACCGACCAUUCAGACUGCCAACACCCAGGCGCUGGUCAAUGGCACAACAACCACAUCGUGUCUUAAUAUCGUGAGGGAGGCGAGGAGCAGGGGCCUCCAAGCGCCGGUGUUGAUGAUGGGGUACUACAACCCUUUGCUAGCAUAUGGCGAAGAGCGGAUACUGCAAGAUGCUAAAGCGGCGGGUGUCAAUGGCUUCAUCAUGGUUGAUCUACCCCCGGAAGAGGCUGUCCGAUUCCGACAACACUGUACAAAUUAUGGCCUGUCCUACGUACCCCUCAUCGCCCCUGCCACCAGCGAGAAGCGGAUGAAGCUUUUGUGCAGCAUCGCCGACUCUUUCAUCUACGUCGUCUCUCGUAUGGGCGUCACUGGAGCGACAGGCUCCCUGAGCUCAGGUCUACCUGCGCUUUUGGAAAAGGUGCACAGCUUCUCGGGAGGGAUUCCCGCCGCAGUCGGAUUCGGUGUCAGCACAAGAGAGCACUUUGUGGAAAUCGGCAAGGUUGCUGAAGGUGUGGUAAUCGGCAGUCAGAUCAUCAACACACUCAAGAACGCGCCAGAGGGACAAGGACCGAAGGCUGUAGAGGAUUACUGCUACCAGAUCACUCAGCGAAGAAACCCUCGCGCAUCUCCAAACGGCACAACAGAUGAUCCGACUAAGCAGCCAGCAAGCGAGAGCCUCCCACAGAAUGGCACAGUGCACGUUGACGGCGUGAUCAAGGAGAGCAGCGGACCAGGGCUCGCUGAUCAACUUCAAGCUCUCAACACAGAUGAAAAAGAUCCUGAUUUGUUGCCUUCCCGUUUUGGUGAGUUUGGCGGUCAAUAUGUGCCGGAGUCCCUCAUGGAUUGUUUGGCACAGUUGGAGAAGGGGUUCAACGAUGCUCAGAACGAUCCCAAGUUCUGGGAGGAAUUUCGGUCAUACUAUCCUUACAUGGGACGCCCAUCCUCGCUACACAAAGCCGAAAGGCUUACUGAGCAUGUGCGGAAGAGCAGCCAAGCCGGGUUUGGAGCGAACAUCUACCUUAAGCGCGAAGAUCUCAACCAUACUGGCUCUCACAAGAUCAAUAAUGCAGUUGGACAAGUGCUAAUCGCUCGCCGUCUGGGCAAAAACGAGAUCAUCGCCGAGACGGGUGCCGGCCAACACGGAGUCGCCACCGCAACAGUUUGCGCACGAUUUGGUAUGAAAUGUACCGUCUUUAUGGGGGCGGAAGAUGUCAGGCGGCAAGCACUCAACGUCUUCCGCAUGAAACUGCUCGGCGCCUCCGUCGUAGCAGUCGAGGCCGGUUCGCGUACACUUCGAGACGCAGUCAACGAGGCGAUGCGAAAGUGGGUUGAGAAACUCGACAACACGCACUAUAUCAUCGGCUCCGCCAUUGGGCCCCACCCUUUCCCAACUAUCGUGCGCACAUUCCAGAGUGUCAUCGGCAAUGAAACCAAGGAGCAAAUGCAAGAGCUCACUGGAAAGUUACCAGAUUGUGUUGUCGCUUGUGUUGGUGGUGGCAGCAAUGCCGCCGGCAUGUUCCAUCCAUUUUCGAACGAUCCAAGUGUGAAGCUUUUGGGAGUCGAAGCCGGCGGUGACGGUGUCGACACUGCUCGCCACAGUGCGACCCUGACUGGUGGCAGACCUGGAGUGCUGCACGGCGUGCGGACGUAUCUUCUCCAAAAUGACGAAGGGCAGGUCAUCGACACGCACUCCGUCUCUGCCGGUCUGGAUUACCCUGGUGUAGGCCCUGAGCUUUCGGGAUGGAAGGACAGCUCGCGCGCAAAGUUCGUCGCGGCGACCGACACCGAAGCCUUUAUCGGUUUCCGUAUGCUAUCUGAGCUCGAGGGCAUCAUCCCUGCGCUGGAGACCAGCCAUGCGAUCUUCGGCGCGAUGGAGGCUGCCAAGGUCAUGCGUGAUGAUGAAAAUCUGGUCAUCUGCCUCUCGGGUCGUGGUGACAAGGACGUGCAGUCGGUGGCGGAGGAGUUGCCCAACAUCGGGCCAAAGAUGGGCUGGGAUUUGCGCUUCUAG